AUCUACAUCUGUACUGGAAUUGUUUUUAGAUUUUUUUAAAAAGAGAUUUGAACAAUUUAUUUUUAAAGAUGUUUUAAAGAUAUUUUAAAAGAUGUUUUCAGUGUUUCUGUUUGCUGCCCUGGGCUCCUUCUGGGAUGAAGAAUGGGGUAUAAAUAACAACAACAACAACAAUAAUGCUAUGCAUUUUUGAAAUAAAAUAAAAUAAAUAAAAUAAAAUAAAAAUUUAAUAUACUCCUAAAUCAUUAUCCUACAAAACACGAAAGUGUUAUCAAUACACACCACCCUAUUAAAUCUAGAUUAUAAAGUUGAUUAACCUUAUAAGAAUUGUUUUGGUGGCUGGUUUUAACAAGAUGUAUGAUAUCCCAAAGAGGAAGGAGGGUCUUCUGCUACUGCAGGAAAAUAUGUCCUCUUGGACCCCAAGGAAUGACCUUUAGAAGGACAGCCACAGGGAAUACAGUGAGCCACAGAGAAGGAGUCCCACUGAAACAGAUACAGCACCCCAGGGCUCCCACUGCACAUUCACCCACCCAUCAGCCUGCAACCAUAGUUGUGAGGCUUCUGAAAGAUGACCAGCCUUAGGUUUGGCUGAGUCCUCAGGUGAAGAAAGGAAGGUGUGUGGCUGGGGCAGCCACCAAAAUGUGUCUCACUGGCAUUCAUUUUGCCUUGCCAAGAAAGCUGUCUUAACUGGUGUAAGCGUUACCCUUUAUAACAUAUAAACGAAUAUAGCCGUUGCCCUUUAUAACAUAGCAAAACUGCAGCCCUUUCUGUCUGUCCCCUUGACAAAAUCUCUGGCCCACACCCUUGUCAUCUCUUAUCUCUGGCACACUACCCACAAAUAAUUAACCUUGUUGCUCUGAUCACUUGAUGGUGGCCACCCUCCCCUCUCCACCCUGACUUCCUGUUUGCUCCCAGAUUCAAGAUAGCCUUCUUGGCCUCCCCUUCAGAUACCCCCUUCCAUGGCUUCAUGUCUGCUCUUGUAUCCCAAUGCAUCCCUGCCCUGGACCUUUGGCAGCCAAAGGUCUCCUGCUGGCUCAAACAGCUCCCAUCAGUGCUGCCUGCCAGAACAUGUCUGUGAUGCCCCCUCGCUUGCUUGCUUCCUUCCUUCCGCUGGAGCCUUUGUCUCAGCCCUCAAGUUCUCCUGCCCUAAUGCAAUGAUGGCACACACAGCUCCUGGCUUACGUCCCCUUCCUCUGUGGCCAAAUGUGAGUUGAAGUCUCUUGCAGCAGGGAUGUGGUCUCUUGUGCUUGUCCUGUAAAGUACCAGACACCCUGAUGCUGCUACAUAUAAAUAAUAGAUGCUGUAAUGGAAAAGGGGGAAGGUCCCUCAGAUGGGUUGGUGUUUCAUUUUUUGCCAUAUCUGUUGGGUACUUUGUGUCUCAUAACCUGGAUCACCUGUUUCAGGAGUCACUGCAGGGAGGGCGCCUGGCUCCCUCAGUGUUCAGGGAAGCAGUGGCCUGUGCAUCCUCCUCCUGGUCUAAGAAGCACAAAGAUCCAGCUGUCUCUAGAGGGAGAAAUGAUCUGAUCAAGGCAACUCCUUGUACCGUUUCCCUUUUCUGCUUGUGUGAGCUGCCAAUUUUUAAGAAGCCCACCGUAUUGUAGGCCCAGCUGAUUUCCUGACGCAGAUUCCUGGCCACUGAGAGCACAGUAUCAUGGCCUGGAUGAGCAGACCAAGAGAAAGGAACGUGCAAAGGGCUCCCUGGGCGGCCUCCUUUGUUCUGCCAGUUACUCCUCCCGUGUAGUAUCCUUCAGCUGCCUCAUCUUGUAGUUUGGUGCUUUGCUGCUUUCUGCUGGGCAGGCUGGAGAAAUCUGAUAAAGGUCUCUGUGUGUCCCUUUCCCAGCAGGUCCUACAGGCUCAGGUCCCCUUGGCUGACGAUGGCAGUUCCUAACCACUACCAAAUUCUCCCAGUCCAAGGCUUCCUCCUGCUCUGGGCUGUUCUGCAUUUCAGCACCUGGACCUCUUGUGCACUAGCAGACUCUGAGCCCAUUUCAGGAGCAGCCCUUUCCUCCAACAGCUCAAUGAACAGGACAGACAUGAUGCCCCUCACUUGCCAGCAUUUCCAGUGUUCUGGGAAGAGGUGCUACCAGGACGAAGCUCAUGGAAACAGCACUGAGGCCUGCCACAAUGCAUCCCACUGUGAGCUUUACCGCCUGAACAGUACCAGCUACACAGCCAGGUGCAGCAGUGAGUGUGGCAGCCCCAACAGCACGGAGCCGUGCCUGGUCAAUGGCAGCAGCGUGGGGACCAGCCUCUGCACGAUGGACUGCUGCAGCUCCCCAAACUGCCUGCGCCUCAACGCCAGCGCCUACGGUGACCAGCUGCUCACCACCACCCUGGCUCCCACCACCACCAUCACCACCACCAAAGCACCCCCCAGAAAUGGAAAAGUCUGCUCGAGCUUCACCUGCCAUGGCGAAGGAUGCUACAAAGGUCAGAAGGCCUCGGUCAGCUGCAUCGUCGGCUUCGAUUUCUGUGAGAUGAAGAAAACAGGCUCUCACUUUGUGGCAGGCUGCAGCAACGUCUGCAAAAUGGCCAGUCCGGCCUGCUCCACGGGAUCCACGGCUCCCUGCUAUCAGGAGUGUUGCCCGGCUGUGCCCAAGACCAGCUGCCUGAAACUGGAUGGCAAAGUGCACUUCAACAGGGCCGGGCGUGUGGCAGCUCUGGGCCCCCUGCUCCUGGCAUGCGCAGCAGCUCUCUGCCUGAACCUCUCAGCCCUCUUCUCCUCCCCCUGGCCCAGGCCCAACGGCUGGGGUUCUGCAGUGGGCCUCGUGCCUUAGGCGGGGGCUUGGGUGGAAGCCUCCCCCCUCCCUCCCCCCCUCAUGCCCACUUUGUCUGCCUUUCUCAGGAGGCAUCUGGCAAAUUCCUCCCUCCUUUUCUUCCACAGCACCCAGAGCAGUUAUUCUGUUUCAUUCUCAGCCUUUGGACUGUGUGCUUGCAUUGAGUUUAAACCUCCACGGAGAACAGCCAUCCUCCUUUCCUCUGUCCUGGUCCAAAUGGCAGAUGUGGGCUGGAGCAGACAGUUGGUCUUCAGGGUAACAAGCUUCAGUGAGGGGCUGUGCCUUUGGUGGGAAUCUGUUGGGGGGGCAAUCAUUUUAGCUGUUUCUGCUAACUCUACUGGUUAGAGCCAGGUCCAGGUUUGCAGAAAGCUAGAGGUUGCCUUGGUUUUUCUACAGCUGGCCCCCUUCCAGCAGUUCCUUCCCAGGGCAGGGGAAGGAAGAAGGUGGGCUGU